UCAUAUAAAUACUACAGGCCUGCCAUCCCCUUGAGCCAAUGAUUCCCUAUUCAUCUGUGCUAUAUGAGUGCUAGAUGUACCAAUUGCAGUAAUCCAGUAUAAGAAGUGGUAAUAGAUAUGUACAGAUUUGAGGAACAAAGUCAUUUCUGGUGCUUUUUGGAUGCAUUACAUAUAUUUGUUGAACAUUUUCCCCGGCCUUAGAAAAAGUGGGGAUAUUAUUGUACUAUUUAAUUUAUAUGAGGAAUGAUUCAAGUGGAUAUCGUCAUAUUUGUGGGGGAAAAAAGCAAUUUCUAAAUAGAUGUAAAUAAACAAAGUAAUUUCAUUUCUGAGGGGAAGCGGAUCUCACCAUCUUGAACCCCGGGAAAGCUUGUAGUCGUCCAUUUAAUAGACAAAGCACCGAGUGUGUGGUUUCCUGCCAUUCAUACUGUUUUGAAUGUUUCUGGAUGUAUAUUCGUGUACUGGUCGCAUUUUCUGUCAUCACAGUACAGCAAAGGGCGAAUGAACCAUCAUCUUGGGCGUCCAAAUAACAAUGGAGAACGCUGCAGAUACUGAUCCGGACCCCAUAAAGCUGAAGUCGAUCAAGAACAACAGAACGUUCACAGUACCGCAAAAACACAGGUUUGGGAACUGUAGGAGUGUGAAAGAAUUUGAGAAACUGAACCGAAUCGGCGAGGGAACAUAUGGAAUUGUGUACAGAGCUCGAGACACCAGGUCUGAUGAUAUUGUAGCACUGAAGAAGGUCCGGAUGGACAAGGAAAAGGAUGGGAUCCCUAUCAGUAGUCUGAGAGAGAUUACCCUGUUGCUCAAACUCAGACACCCCAACAUAGUGGAGUUAAAGGAGGUGGUGGUGGGAAGUCACCUGGAGAGUCUCUUCCUAGUUAUGAGUUACUGUGAGCAGGACCUGGCCAGUCUGCUGGAAAACAUGCCAACACCAUUCUCAGAGGCACAGGUGAAGUGUAUAGCUCUGCAGCUGCUGAGAGGUCUGGAUUAUCUUCACCUCAACUUUAUUCUGCACAGGGAUCUGAAGGUGUCCAAUCUGCUGAUGACAGACAAAGGCUGUGUAAAGAUUGCUGACUUUGGCUUGGCACGUUGCUACGGUAUCCCCCUACAGCCUAUGACGCCCCGGGUUGUGACAUUGUGGUAUAGAGCACCAGAGCUCCUCCUAGGGACCAAGACUCAGACCACGGCCUUAGACAUGUGGGCGGUGGGCUGCAUCCUGGCUGAGCUGCUUGCACAUAAACCUCUGCUGCCAGGGGGUUCUGAGAUCCAACAGGUGGACCUCAUAGUGCAACUGUUGGGUACCCCUAAUGAAAACAUCUGGCCGGGCUUCACUCGUCUUCCCCUAGUUGGACAGUACAGUUUGAGGAAACAACCAUACAACAAUUUGAAGAAUAAGUUCACCUGGUUGUCUGAUGCAGGGCUGCGUUUACUCAACCUUCUCUUCAUGUACAAUCCUCUACGCAGGGCCACAGCUAAGGACUGCUUGGAGAGUUCCUACUUUAAGGAGAAACCUUUGCCUUGUGAGGCUGACUUGAUGCCAACCUUCCCUCAUCAUCGCAAUAAAAGGGCAGCCCCAGCUGUAGAGAGCCAAUCAAAACGCAAUAAAGUGUAACUUCAUUAACAUCCUUGAUCGCAGUUUAAAUAAAUGAAUGAAUAUCUUAAUGUUUACUACUACACAGAUUAUGCACCUGGUUGUAAAAAUGUGUUGUCAUAGAAUGCAUGUACCUAGCAGUAAUUAUCCAAAUCAAUGGGGUGAUGGUAGUAUUCAAGCUUUCAAGUAUUCCACAGUUCAGUCCUCAGUUACUGCUUACAAAAUCCUAUUUCUUUCACUGUGUGUCUGAUGAAUAUCCAAAAAUAUGUGAUUUAACAUGCAUAAGUUAAAUUUAAUUCACCAAUGUUGCUUUGUUUUUUUGAAUGGUUGUUGGUUAACCUUUGGCAGGUUCAAGUAACCAAUAGGAUUUGGUUUGCUGUAUUCAUGUACAUAGACAUUUUUUAUCCCAUGAAAUUCAAUGAAUAUUGUAGUUUUAGUUUUUAAUAAACUGCUUUUUCAAAUUG